CGUGAGAUGCAGCAUAAUAGUAGCAUUCCAAAGAAUAAAAACCAAGUUGUUGAGUUGUCAGAAUGAGCUUAAAAACUGUUUCCAGAACAUAAAGUAACAAAAAUGACAACACUUCCUCAAGUUACAUUAUAAAUGCAAGAUCACCUGAUCCAGCACAAGCCCGGUGCAUCAUGGCUGCAACAUCACAACUAGAGCGAGAUAUGAUUUCUAAAGCUCAGCGCCAGAUUUCCCAGUGCCAGGACCCCAUAGAGAAGCUAAGGCUGCAAUGUUUGGCAAGAGGGGCAUCUGGAAUUAAAGGUCUUGGAAGAGCUUUUCGUAUUAUGGAUGAUAAUUACAGUAACUAUUUGGAUUUGGAAGAAUUCACCAAAGGACUGCAAAACUAUGGACUUUCCCUACAACCAGAAGAAAUACAGGACAUUUUUAAUCAAUUUGACAGAAAUCAGGAUGGAUCCAUCAGUUUUGAUGAAUUUUUGAACUCUGUUAGGCCUCCAAUGUCCAGUGCUCGCAGACAAGUUAUACUGCAGGCUUUUCAUAAAAUGGAUAAGACAGGUGAUGGAGUCAUUACUAUUGAAGAUCUGAAAGGUGUCUACAAUCCAAAAUGUCACAAGAAGUAUCAGAAUGGAGAGUGGAAUGAGAGACAAGUUUUCUCACAUUUCUUAGGAAACUUUGAUUCACCCAAUAACAAUGAUGAACAGGUAACUGAAGAAGAAUUUCUUAAUUACUACAGUGGGGUCAGUGCCUCUAUAGACAGUGACGCAUACUUUGUGGUGAUGAUGAAGAACGAAUGGAAACUAUAACAUUAUAUGUGUUCCCUUCUAUUGCAGUAAACUAAGUGCAUAUAUACAAUCUAUAUAAUCUUAUUGGUCGAAAAAGCCGAAAGUAACCAAAGCAGGAAAGUUACGUAAUUUACGUAACUCCCAUUGACUUUAAUGGAAGUUGCGCAAACAGCACAGCCCCUUAAGCUACACUGUUCAUGUAAAUUUCUUGGUUCGGCCUCUUUUGUCUUUUCCGGCCACCUCCAGCUUCACAAAAAAGCGGUAGGAAAGGAGAAAGCCAGAAGUGCGGAGGUGGGACAAUCUCUUUAACAAAAACGCUUGAAGCAUAAUACACUAAAACUUAACAUUUAUUUAAAUCCAUUAAAAUACCAACAAGGUAAAAAUGC